AUGAAGGCCGGCGGGGGGGCGGCGGCGGCGGGCACGGGGCAGCGGCGGGCGACUGGAGCCGGCGGCGGGCGACGGAGGCGGCGGCGGGCGCAGGGAGGCGGCGGUGGCGGGCGGCGGGCGGCAGCCAACGCCCGGGAGCGGGAUCGAACGCACAGCGUUAACACGGCCUUCGGCGCCCUCCGCCGACUCAUCCCCACCCGCCCGGCCGACCGCCGGCUCUCCAAGGUGGAGACGCUGCGCCUGGCCUCCAGCUACAUCUCGCACCUGGCCAACGUGCUGCUGCUGCAGCGGCGCCAAGCCGAGGGCACAGCCGCUGCCCAGCCCUGCCCGGGGCCGCGCCCGGAACCCUGCCCGGGGCCCUGCCUGCAGCCGGCUGACGCCGCGCCGCGGCCCAUCUGCACCUUCUGCCUCAGCGAGCAGAGGAAGCGGCACCGGGAGGGAGAGGAGCCACUGUCUGGCCCAGCCUUUGGUGGACACUGACCCGGUGGAGGACCUCACCCAGCCUUGCAGGGACUGCACAGUUCUGUGGGUAAUGUGGCUGCUCCUGUGCUGUACGUUUACAUUUAAACAACACAGUCCCAAAAGAGUCUGUGAGCCGUGUGCCUUGCUCCACAUCGGGGCAGGUUGGUGCAGGCUGCUCUGCAGAUGAAAUUGAGUGCUGCUGAGGCAGCUGCACCUGGUGCGGCAGCUAUUUCAGUGACAGCAAUGUUAAACCUGAGCAUCCAAGCCCUAAUCCUGAUGUCUCCUAAACCUGUGUCACAUGGUGAAACUUGAACGUCCAAACACACGGCUGCUGUCAAGGGAAGCUGCCACGGACACAGCGUGCCCCAUGCCUUCAGCCUGGCUUGGACUGCACGCAGCUCUGCCGCCCACUCCCCCAGCUGCACCCUAAUUCUUGGGGUGGGGGGGCUGAUAGCGACAGCUGGCAUGCUCAAGAGGCUUGAACGAUGCUGGAAGGUUAUUUUAAGGUGUUCACAGAAAGGCAGGAAGCUCCGAGUGAAAGGCACAGGCGAUGGCUGUGUGCAGGUGGCGCAGGCGGUGGCUGGGUGCAGGCGGCGCAGCACCUUGGCACAGGACACAGCCAGUGAAGUGGAGAAGCACUGUUAAGCGGUGCCUGUUCCUUGCUCACAAGUACAGGUGGUGCCAGCCCUUGAAACAGCGUGGGAUAGUCCUGAACCUGUCUGGCAAGCACGAAGUAAAGAGGGUUUCACAAGGGCUCCGGACAUGUCCCUGCCACCCAGGUCACUCCCAAGUGGUGCCUGUACUGAUGCUGUUAUCUCCCUUCCCUUGAUUUACUUGAGAAUGCUCAGAAGCAAACACACUUCUUGUGGUUUCAGGUUUGGACAGUAGUGAAGCUGCGAGCUGACAUCUUAAACACCACUAAUGGAAGAGUUCAAAUAUGAGCUGGCUUAAUUUGGCAA